AUGCAGUAUCUAAUCUCCUUAUAAAAAAACCUACAAACUGAGAAUGUAUUUUUAAGUGCAACUUUGAAUUUUCGAGAUCAGAAUGUUGAAAAGAGCUAUUAGAACUUUUAGAAGAAGUUUAAUGAAGGGACAUUGAUCUUAAUGGAAUCCUUCAAAUUCUUUUUGGAAUUUGCCAUUACAAUUUCAGCCCUCAUUUCAGAUUAUGAAUCAAUUUACUCAUAAAUUCUGUUCUUAUUUCCAAUUUCAAGUCUAUUAUAAAUUUGGAUAAUUCGAAAGAACUAAAAGUGUAAUGAUUACUGGAAAAUAGGACAUAUGAUAGCAUUAUUUCUGUUUUUAGCAGCUAUUAAAUAACCAUAUUUAAUGAGAGGAUCAGUGUCUUUGUAUUGCAUCUAUAUGACUUAAAGUUUAAAUGACAAAAAAUAUGUCAUUUUUUACUUUUCAAUAAUGUAAGUUACAUUCUAAUAUUUUGAUUAAUUUUUUGAUUGGAUUGUUUUACCAUGUUAAUGGGCAUUCACAUUAAUAUUAACUAUAAGUAUUUAUACUAGACAAAGAAGAGAACUAGUAUAUUAUUAUAAUAAAUUCAAAUCCAGUACUGAUUUAUCCUAUUAAGAGGUUGUGUUAAAUCAUAGUUUAUAAUAGAAUCUAUUUAUAGUUAGAUUAUCUCAAGAUUAAUAAAAAGUAAAUCUUAAUUUUAAUAUUUAUUUAGAGAUCAGUAGAUUAUUUUGAAGUUUUAUUUGCUAAUCAAGCAUGUAAAAAGGAAUUUGCUUAAAUUGAUAACAUUUUUCAUCGAACUACAUUAAUUAACAUCAUAAAUUGUAAUGAAUCUAAUCUUUCCUAUUAUAAUUUGAAAGUCAAUUUAAGUUAUGAAUAAAUUUUUAAUAAUUUUAAAGGAUCUACUGGUGAAUAGAUCAAUAUGGUAGACAAACCCAUAUAUUUAAAUCAAAUUCUUUAUUAAUAUAUAGUAAAUUAUUAGAAUAAAGAAUUAUAAGAGAGUCUACCUUUGAAAUUGACAGGGAUAUAAAAUAAUCAAACAUUUGACAUAUUAGUAUCUCCUUGUAUAUGGAAACAUGAGAGAUGUUUUAUUAUUUCAUUAAUUGAUUUAACUGAUCGUAUGAAGAUUUCUUAAUUGGAGAAGUUGGAUUAAUAUAAAGACAGUGUAUUAGCCACUGUUAGUCAUGAUUUAAAGAAUCCUAUAAUUGUAAUUUAAUCUAUGAUCACUCUUGUUUAAGAAGGUUUAUAUGAUUUAUAGGAUUGUGAGAAUGUAAGUAUUUAAUAAAAAGUUUAAUCUUGUUGUAAUUAUUUGUAAAUGUGUUAAACAAAUGUGUAAACUCUUUAAUCAUUUGUUAAUGAUUUAUAAGAUUUUGCUUAAAUUAAAUAGUAAAAGUUAAAAUUGGUUGUUAGUUAAUUUUAAAUUUAUACUCUUAUUUAAGAGAUAAAGAAUGUUUUUUAAAUUUAAAUAUAAAAGAAAAAUCUUGAAUUAGAAAUCUAAGUAAAUUUAAAACCAAAUUAAACUUAUUACAAUGAUCCAUUAAGAAUAAAAUAAGUUUUAUUUAAUCUGAUUUCUAAUGCAAUUAAAUUUACUUCAAAAGGAAAGAUAAUUGUUAAAUUCUCUGAUGAUAUAAAAGAAAUUUUGAAAUUUUGUAAAGCAAUAAAAGAAUAAAUUGAUUCAAACAAAAGUAUUGUAGAUGUUGGAAUAUUGUUGAAAAACAAAUCAACUAUUUUCAUAUGUACAGUUACUGAUAAUGGAAGUGGAAUGAGUUUAGAAAUUCAACGUGGCCUUUUUAGAAAUUUUGCUACCUAUGACAAUGAUAGUAACAUAAAUAAGUAGAGUAUUGAGUGUAAUUAAAUAGAAAUGGUGUUGGAUUAGGUCUAAUCAUUUGCAAGUAACUUUGUGGCUAUAUUGGUCCAUUAUAGUACAUGUAUUUAAGAUCCCAAACAGGAGUUGGUUCAACUUUUUAAUUUGCCAUUUAUAAAAAUUAUGAUAAACAACAUCGCUAUGAUUAUUCAGGUGAUUAAUCUAGCAUCGAUUCUAUCGAUUAUGAUAUUUCAGUACAAUCCCCAUAUAAAAAUAUAUUCAGUACUCGUCACAUAACUCCUCUAUGUAAAAAGCAACGAAUGAAAGAAAUGCUGCAAAUAUUGAUUGUUGACGAUGAAACUUUCAAUUGCAUAUUGCUAAAACUGCAAUUAACUAAAAUUGGCAUUCAUAAUUUGGAUGUGGCCUAUAAUGGAAGAGAAGCAAUAGAAAUGUCAUAGAAAAAAACAUACGACAUUGUAUUUUUAGAUGUCAAUAUGCCUGGUUUAAAUGGAUUCCAGUGCAUUCAGGAUAUUAAAAAUACUAAUGAAGAAAUUAAGAUUUAUAUGCUCACAGCAUUCAAUGAUCUCUAAACUCACUAGAUGUGUUUAGCUGCAGGAGCGGAUAAACUUUUAUCCAAACCACUUUCUUAAAAAUAGCUUGAACUAUUGUUGAAUUGA